AAAGGAUCCCUUGCUUCUAUAUGAACCUGCCGAUCAGCAAAGAUAAUCUACAGAGGUCUGAUUCUACAUGCACCCACUUUCAAAGCCAAGAAGCUAGAACCGUCCCGAGAUGGCGGAGGCUCACCAGGCCGUGGCAUUCCAGUUCACUAUCUCUCCAGAGGGCUUUGACCUUCAGCUGAGCCAUGAAGCCCUCAAGCAGGUCUAUCUGUCGGGCCUGCGGUCCUGGAAGAAGAAAAUCAACAAGUUGCGGAACAGUUUUGUGACAGGAGUAUACCCUGCCAGCCCUUCCAGUUGGCUGUUCAUGGUUACUGCUAUCUUGGUGACCCAAUACUCUCGGCUUGACCCCUCCAUGGGCAUGAUUGGAAAGAUCAAGGAACACCUGCCGGUCAGUGACUACCUGUCAGAUCAGGGUCAGAACAUACUCAGUGCCUUGGCCUUUUCCACGGGGCUAUGGCUGGCCCUCAUUGUGACUAUGCGCAGCAUUCUCAGGCUGCUCUUGUGCUACCAUGGAUGGAUGUACGAGGAAUAUGGCAAGAUGUCCAACGUCACCAAGAUCUGGCUGGCUCUGGUGAAAAUCUUUGCUGGUCGGAAGCCCAUGCUGUAUAGCUAUCAAGCCUCGCUGCCUCGUCUGCCUGUGCCGGCUAUCAAGGAUACUGUGAGACGAUACCUUGAGUCCGUACGGCCUCUUAUGACGGAUGACGAGUUCCAGCGUAUGACGUGUCUCGUCCGCGACUUCGAACGGUCCCUGGGACCUCGUUUGCAGUGGUACCUCAAGCUUAAGUCUUGGUGGGCGUCCAACUAUGUGAGUGACUGGUGGGAACAGUACAUUUACCUCAGCUCACGAGGCCCUCUGAUGGUCAAUAGCAACUAUUAUGCGAUGGAUUUCCUAUUUGUUACCCCAACUCCAGUCCAGGCCGCUCGCGCUGGGAACCUUGUCUAUGCCAUGUUGUUGUACCGACGGAAGCUCACCCGAGAGGAGAUCAAGCCUAACACAAUCCCUUCUUCCUGCAUCCCCCUCUGUGCAGUUCAGUGGGAACGUCUCUUCAACACCACCCGGAUACCUGGGGUGGGGCUGGACCGAAUACAGCAUUUGAGAGACAGCAAGCACAUCGCAGUAUACCACGCCGGGCGCUUCUUUCGGGUCUGGUUGUACCACAACGGGAGGCUGCUGCAACCUCGGGAGCUUCAGGCGCAGUUUCAGUCGAUUCUGGACGACUCGACGCCACCUCUGCCUGGCGAAGAGAAGCUGCCGGUCAUGACUGCUGGAGAGAGAGACCCCUGGGCCCGGGCCCGGCAAGCCUACUUCCAGUCGGGGAAGAACCAACAGUCUCUGAGCAUAGUGGAGAAAGCCGCCUUCUUUGUCACCCUGGACACCAGCGAACAAGGGCUGCAGGGCCCCAAGCCAGCUCAGGCGCUGGACGCCUACGCCAAGUCCCUGCUACAUGGGCAAUGCUGUGACAGGUGGUUUGACAAAUCUUUUACGCUGAUAGUUUACCGCAACGGGAAGUCUGGCUUGAAUGCCGAACACUCCUGGGCUGAUGCGCCUGUCAUUGGUCACCUAUGGGAGUAUACCCUUGCCACAGAUUCAUUCCAGCUGGGCUAUGAUGCCAAUGGGAACUGCAAAGGUGACAUCGAACCUGGCAUUCCUGCACCCCAAAAACUGCAGUGGGAGAUCCCACCAGAGUGCCAAAAGGUGAUCCUGCAAUCCUUCUCUGUGGCCCAGGCUCUGGCCAACGACAUCGAUUUCUACAUCUUCCCCUUCAAAGAGUUUGGCAAAGGCCUGAUCAAGAAAUGCCGCUGCAGUCCGGACAGCUUCAUCCAACUUGUCCUGCAACUGGCUCAUUUUCGGGACAAGAAAAAGUUCUGCCUCACUUACGAAGCGUCCAUGACACGUCUCUUUCGGGAGGGCCGCACGGAGACCGUCCGUUCCUGCACAAUCGAGUCUUGCAACUUUGUCAGGGCCAUGGUGGAUCCUACCCAGAGCAUUGGCACAAGACUCCACCUGUUCCGUGUGGCAGCUGAAAAACACCAGAACCUUUACAGGCAGGCCAUGACGGGCGAGGGCAUCGAUCGCCAUCUCUUCUGCCUCUAUGUCGUCUCCAGAUAUCUUUGCCUGGACUCUCCCUUCCUGCGUGAGGUGCUGUCUGAGCCGUGGCGCCUCUCCACAAGCCAAACCCCCAUCCAGCAACUGGAGCUGUUUGAUCUCAAGAACCAUCCAGACUACGUUUCGUGUGGAGGUGGAUUUGGGCCGGUGGAUGAUAAUGGAUACGGAGUGUCAUACAUCAUUGUCGGCGAAGAUCUCAUUAACUUCCACGUGUCCUGCAAAAUCUCCAGUCGAGAGACGGAUGCACACCGGUUGGGAUCCCACAUUCAGCAAGCAAUGCUCGACAUCUUGGCCUUGUUCCAACUGGACAAAAGCUCCCCCGGCGGCAGCGGCAAGUGACUGAAUAAA